UUUUUUUGUUAUGCAGCUUCUAAAGCAUCAAUCAAAUUUGACAGAGGAAGAGCUUGAAACACAAAGUAUCGCUGCCUGGAAGCAGGGAAAGGCUUACAUGACAGGACAAGUUGAUGGGCAUGUGAGACCAAUUCCGAAAGAUCUUAUCUAUGUUAGCCCAUGUGAUAAUUUGAAGGACGUAGCUUUGAAAAUUUUGCAAAAUGGAGUAGCUAUAGUUCCUGUUAUCCAUUCAUCAUCGGAAGAUAGUUCGCAUCCCCAGUUAUUACUUCUUGCUUCUCUUGCCGGAAUAUUAAAAUGUAAGCCUCUUAACAGUUUGUUGUCAAUUAACAAUAUCUGUUCAACAUGCAUGGCUCCUUAAUCAAUGGAGUUCGAUUUCUAGGUAUAUGCAAGUAUUUUAAACAUUGUCCCAACCCUUUGCCCAUACUACAAUUACCGAUCUAUGCAAUCCCUCUGGGUACAUGGGUUCCUAGAAAUGGAGAAACCAGCAGUCGGCCAUUUGGAAUGCUGAGACUUACUGCCUCUCUUAGUUCCGCAUUAAAUAUGCUAGUUGAAGCUAAAGUAAGUUCAAUACCUAUAGUUGAUGAUAAUGAUUCUUUAGUGGACAUAUAUUGUCGGAGCGAUAUUACAGCUUUGGCAAAUAAUGUAAAUGAAAUGACUGUUCAUCAGGCAUUGCAAUGGGGACAAGAUUCCAACCCUCCUUAUGAGAGAACUCAAAGAUGUCAAAUGUGUUUGCGCACCGAUACAUUGCUUAAAGUGAUGGCACAAUUGUCCAACCCUGGUGUUAGACGGCUUGUUAUUGUGGAAGCUGGAAGUAACCGUGUAGAAGGCAUCAUCUCGCUUACCGACAUUUUCAGGUUCUUACUCGGUUAGAGUCAAGUAAAUUGUUGAUAACCUAUUGAAAGAAGGUUUCUUACU